UUAUUACGGAGACCUGAAUGUCUUGGUAUCCUGGCCAGCUAGGAGCCUGGACUCUGGUAGCCAGGGGCAGGUGCAGGACUCGGAGUGUCUGGGUUUGACAGAGAGCCCGGAUGCCCUAAACCGAAAGGCUGUGGCCUCUUCUCCUGGUGUCUUGGGUCUGGGAUGGAGCAGGGAGGUGCGUGGGGAAUAGAACGCGCAUGCGCUGGCGCCCGUGGAGGCGGGGCUUCAGCGCACUAGGUCUCUAGGGAUCCUAGAAGGCACCCGAGAGUAACGGAUACGCAUGCACACAAUGGCCCCUAGGGGCGUGGCUUUGUGUCCAUGGGAGCCGGAGGUGGGAAGGCUGCGCAGGCGCAUGGAGCACAUCGCCGCCGCUUUCUGGAGGCACAGAAGCAGUUCGGUUUACGGGGAAAGGUUUCCCUGGUGGUGUAUGGGGAGGGGCGCUCCGAGAGUCCCGGGUUGGGGUAGGGGUGGGCCGUCAGCGCCGGUGCGCCUGGUGGCUUGUUCCCCUGCAUGUUGUUUCUUUGUGUGGUUGUGGGAUUUGCUUCAGGCCUCUCUGGGUGUUUUGUUGAUGACUCUUAUGCGCUCUGCUCAUCAUUUGAUUUUUCAGAACUUGGGUUUGCUCACGGUGUUACUAAACCAGGUUGGUUUGCCUGAUGCGAGGUGCUGGCCAAGGCUGAAAUCCAGUGGGACCCUACGAUGCAAAAGCCCCCUGUGUUUUUUACUUCUUGUUUGUAGGGAAAAAGGCUUUAGUCCUCUAGGCCUUCCCCAAGGAGCAGGCACAAGUAAUUACUAACUAGAGAAGUGACGGAAUGCAGAAACAAAAAGCAGUCAAGCAAGAAAAGUAAUGAGAAAAUUCUAAGGAAAAGAUGUGAUUAAGUUGGACCCAGUGAAAGAUGAAUAGGAAUGAAUAUAAAUUCUACUUUAAAUUUGGAAAAUAUUCUACUUGAAAGUGAAUGUUUUUUGGUGAUGGUUGCAUAGCUAUAUGAAUAUAAUAGAAAUAAGUGAACCAUAAACUUAUAAUGGGAAAAUUUUAUGGGGUGCAAGUUGUACCACAAUAAAAUUGCUUUUUAAAAAAGGAAGAAAUAAAAAUUAAAAAAGAAAUGAAAGCUUAACCAAUAGUUCAGUGACCAAAUCGAGUUUUAAUUCCUCCUUAAAGGAUAUACAUAAUAAUCUGGCGCAUAUUUUUUCUUUUGGAAGGGGCACCGAGAUAUAAGGGUGCAUAACUUUGAGUUCUUCUGCAGAAAUCGACACCCUCCCCACCUGGUGGAGGAUGGUGAUUACGUUCUGACCGCUAGCGCAUAGGCCCCAGAUUGGUUGGAACCAGAAGAUCGAUGAUGUUGACUCCCAAAAUACCACCCAGUUACCUCACCACCAACCAACCAGAAGGAAGUCCACAAGCUGAUCAAGCACCCUGUAACUCUUAUCCCUAAUGUCGCCUUUAUUUUAUUUAUUAAUUUUUUAAUUUAAGUACAGUCAGUUUACAACGUUGUGUCAAUUUCUGGUGUACAGCAUCAUGUUUCAGACAUCCGUAUAAAUACAUGUUUUUGUUUUCAUAUUCUUUCUCAUUAUAGGUUACUACAAGAUACUGAAUAUAGUUCCAUGUGCUAUUCAGCAGAAACUUGUUGUAUAUCUAUUUUAUAUACAGUAGUUAGUAUCUGCAAAUCUUGAACUCCCAAUUUAUCCUUCCCCACCCUUUCCACCCCUGGGGAAAUUUGAGCAGAUUUGAGGUUUUUUGGUUUUUUCAUAGUUCCUUUCUUCUCCUCAGCUCUGCAUUCACAAGACUCUUGUUCUUUAAGAGAGGGACCCUAUAAAGGGGACCAUGACCACUGGACUUCUGAAAAGCACAUCACAACCAAGACUUCACACUUCUCUCCAGGGCCUCGUGAGUAAGAAAGUGUUUGCCGUUUCAGCAGUCAGUGACAUUCACAAGAUGUGGCCAUCGACGUCUUCCAUGAAGAGUGGGGAUUCCUAAACCCAGCUCAGAGAGAAUUGCACACGGCCAUGAUGUCGGAGACCUACCAGAACCUGGUCUGGCUGGGCAUUUCCAUUUCCGAGCCCUACACAGCCUUCCUGUCGGAGCAAGGGACACAGCGCAGAGUGGUGCAGAGGCAAGACCUCCACCGGCAGCGUUUCUGUCAGCGGAGCAUGACAGGAGGCGUCCGCACACGUCCCCGGAAGGACUGGCGCCUUGGUCUGAGGGCGGAGUCGGCCGGAGAGAAUGCCUGCCUCUGUUCGCGUCGGCGCGCUCACAUGCGCGUUUUCACAGCGGGACUGUGUUUCAGGAAGAGCGUCCAAGAGGAAACACACCGAUGUGAAAUAGUGACGAAGGACGCAGGCGGCACCCGGAGAGACUCGGAAAAAGCCUCCCCCUCUGGCCCCAACCCCGACGGGCCUUCCCGUCCACCGGAGAGACGCUGGCGGCGCCACGAGUGUGGGAAGGCCUGCGGCCGCCGGGCCACUCUGCUCAGCAUCCGGUCGGCAGGGGGGAGACCGUGAGUGCGGAAGGCCCUCGACCAGAGCGCCCACCUCUCGGAGCACCAGCCCCCCUCACCCGGGAGGAGGCCCUCGGGCGCAGCGGGUGCGGGAAGGCCUUCCGCUGCCCGCGGGCCUCACGCGUCACGGGAGCCCUCGCGGGGGCGGGGGCAAGCCCUGCACGGGCCAGGCCCGCAGCUAAGCCUCCCCCGGAGCGCGCAGCGCGUCAGGCACCAGGGGUUCAUUCCGGGGAAAGGCCUGCGGAGGCAGCAGCGGCAGCACGUCCUUCACCGGCUGUCUUCGCCGCUUGAGCAUCAGAGGACUCACCCCGGAGAGAAGCCCUGCCGGCGCCAGGGCUGCGGGAAGGCCUUUCGCCCGGCGGUGCAGCCCCCUCAACGCCGGAGAGUCCACCCCGGCGAGAAGGCCCGGGCGAGUAAGGAACGUGGGAGAGCCUCCACCUGCGGGUCCCCUUCGUGUGUCCAGGAGGCGUCACACGGGAGAACGGCCCUACGAGGGCCAGGUGUGCGGGAAAACCUUCAGCGGCCACUCUUCCCAGGUCACGCACGAUCGGACUCGGCGGAGUGACGCCCUUCGGCUGCCCCACGAGCUGGAAGGCCUUUAACACGUCCUCCUCCUCGUCUACAAGGGUGUUCAUCCCGGGGAAAGCCCUUCGGGGCCCCAGUGUGGGGAGUCCUUCAGGUGCAGGUGCCACCUUACUCGACAUCAGCGUGUCCGUUCUAGAGAUUAACCAGAGCCGGCUGGACUGGAGGACGGUGCUGUUCCAGUCACCGAACGAAGAUCUGGGCAGCACGCAGCCAGCAGUUGGCACUGACUGUUUCAGGAGGCAGUUUAUUUACAAGGGCUCAAGAAUCACCAACAGAUGGGGUGGCAACGAACCCACUUUGGAAAAGGCAAGUUCAGUUUAAGAGCUCAUCUAGCGGCAGAGGAUAUAGCUCAAGAGGUAGAGUGCGUGCUUAACAUGCACCAGGUCCCGGGUUCAAUCCCCAGUGCCUCCAUUAAAAGUAGUAGUAAUAAUAAUAAUUAAAUAAAUAAAACUCCUUCCUUCCCCACCUCCUCCCAAAAAGCAGGAGGUGAAACCACUGUCCUGUGACUGUUCACCCAUGACCAGCAACACUUUCCAAACCGACCCCUGGUUUGUGUCACCUCCCAUUUAUCGUCCUAAAGCCAAGUUUACAAUGCUGGUGUGCUGACAGCCAGAGAUGAGGCAAAGAGAUCACCUCUUGGCUUUUGUCCUGGCAGGAGAGACACUGUGUCUUCAAACCCAAUGGAGAACUCCCCUCCCAUGGGAGAGCCUUGGGUGUUGUACAAUGUGAAAGAAAGACGGGCAGCUAUGACUUAAUGCUCUGCAUCCUACAAAUGGCGGUACCCAUGUUGUUCCAUGUUUAGCUUAGAAUUGCCCGACCAGCGUCCCUUCCUGAACUCUCCCUCCCUUCAGCUGCUGUGUUCUCAAGAUCUUAUCACUGUGUCUGUCACCUUUGAACAAGGAUAGAAGGACCAGCACAAAGGAACAGCACCAGGAUGGAUAGAAGGGUAUCAGAUAGAUGUUAGCAGAUGUUCCUUAACUGAGCUCACAGGAGUUUUUUUUUCUUUUUCCUUGAUUUUCUAUUACACGUUCAUGCAAAAGCAUUUAUAAAAAGCAUGAUGGGGAGGGUAUAGCUCAGCGGUGGAGUGCCUGCCUAGCAUGCGUGAGGUCCUGGGUUCAAUCUCCAGUACCUCCGUCAAAAAUAAACCAACCUAAUUACCUCACCACCACCCCCAAAAAAUAAGAAAAUAAUUUACCAUUUGGGAAAAUGUGUGUAUUUCUGCCAACGUGGGGUACCCUGAUAUUCACAAGGCUGGCACAACAGAAGAAAGAAGCAUUUUUAUGUUGGGAUUUGCUAAGCUUUGACGUGACAGAAGCAGGGGUGGUGAAACAGCGCCCCUUCCGGGCAGCUUUCGGAAUCACAUUGUCUUGAUGAUCGCGGUAGCCUAUCGCAAACGCUGGGAGAGAGAGCAAGGACCCGUUCUGCCGGUUUGUUGGUUGAUUAAAUUUCUCGUGAUUCUGUGUGUGGAGCGUUCGCAUUGUAUCCGGGGAACGUCGACUCUGAUCUGUGUGAUUCGGCUGGUAUUGAACCUCCGGGACCCUGCACAGGGCUCGGACGGCUGAGAAGCCUUGCCCUCCCAGGACACCGCUGUUCUCCAAGAAAGAAGCCAGGAAGAGACAGUGGAAAUGACAGUUGAAUUAGUGAAAGCCAUACCCCAGGACUUGGUGUCAUUCAAGGAUGUGGCAGUAGACUUUUCCCAGGAGGAAUGGGAAUGGCUGAGCCCUGCUCAGAGAAGACUGUACAGGAGGAUGAUGAUGGAGAACUAUCAGAACCUGCUGUCUCUGGGACUUUGUACCUCUAAGCCAUAUGUCAUCUCCUUAUUGGAACAAGGGAAGGAGCCUUGGGGGAUGAAGAGUGAGGUGAGAAACUCAUUCUCAGAUUGGGACUCUAUCUGUGAGACACAGGAGUUCCCUCGGAAGCAAUUUGUAUGUGAUGAUGUGUUAGUGGAGAGAAGUACGAGCUGUGGACUUGAGUGUCCCACUUUUGGAGGAAAUCAGAAAUGUGAAGAUCUUUUCAAGAGGCAGUUGGUAAGCCAAGAGACAGUUACUAGGCAAGAAGCAAUCACUCAUAAACAAACCCUCACUGUGGAAACAGACCACAAAUGUAACAACUCUUGGAAGCUUGUCCCUCUAGACAAUGUAGAAGAGAAUGUUUAUAAUCACAACUCAGAUAAAAAAAUGUUUUCCAAAAAUUCCAUGGUAGUAAAACACAAGAAAGUCUCUGCAGGAAAGAAGCUUUUUAAAUGUAAUGACUGUGGGAAAACCUUCACCCAGAAGUCAUCCCUCACUCUCCAUCAGAGAAUUCAUACUGGGGAAAAACCAUACAGGUGUCAGGAAUGUGGGAAAGCCUUCACCCAGAGUCCACACCUUGCCCAGCACCGCCAAAUGCAUACUGGAGAGAGACUCUUUGAAUGCAAGGAAUGCAAGAAAUCCUUCAUCCUCAACAUACACCUUACUCAACAUCAGAGAAUUCACACUGGAGAAAAACCAUACAAAUGUAAGGAGUGUAGAAAAGCCUUCACCCAGCUUGCACACCUUGCUCAGCACCAGAGAACCCAUACUAGGGAGAAGCCCUACAAAUGUAAGGAAUGUGGGAAGUUCUGCAGUACUGGCUCAUCCUUUGCCCAACAUCAGAGAUGUCACAGCCACAAGAAGCCCUAUGAAUAUGCUGAUUGUGGGAAGGCCCUCAGGGAUUGCAUCCGACUUGCUCAGCACAGAAUUCACACUGGAGAGAAAUUCUGCAGUCGUGACAAGUGUGGAAAAAUCUUCUGCUACAGCUCACCCCUGACUGCCUAUCAGAGAAUUCAGACAGGAGAGAAACCGUGCAGCCGUGAUGUUGGUCAAAAAGCCUUCAGCCAUCGCAGGUUACUCACUCAGCAUCAAAGAAUGCGUUCUAGAGAGAAGCCCUACAAAUGCAGGGAAUGUGGGAAAGCCUUCAGGAAGAGUGUACAUCUGAGGAUUCAUAAUGGUGAGAAACCCUAUGAAUGUAGUGUGUGUGGUAAAUCCUUUAGCCAGCAGAAUUACCUUACUGUCCAUCAGAGAAUUCAUUCUGGAGAAAAGCCCUAUGAAUGUAAGGAAUGUGGGAAACCCUUCAGGCAGUCGGCACACCUUGCUCAACAUAGGCGGAUCCACACAGGAGAGAGACCAUAUGAAUGUGAGGAAUGUGGGAAUGUCUUCAGACAAAGUGGACAACUUACUCAGCAUCGGAAAGUCCAUGCUGCACGGUCAUCGCAGGCCCCCAGCUCUUCCUCACUCCGUCUGUUGCUGGGUUCUGUGGCUACAGCUGCUGAAGGGUUUGGGAAUUCAUCCAUGUUUUUCACUUCUCACUGCCCUUGUCCAAAACACAGUCAUUUCACCCGGACUGUUCCAGGUGUCUAAAAACUGGUCUUUCUGCAUCUCUUUUGUCCCCUUGAAGGUCAUUCUCCACACCACUGCCACAGGAGUCUUUUCAAAAUGUAAAUGUAGUCAAAUGAUGCUUAAAGCCUUGCUGUGACAUUUUAAAUUACUUGAUGCCUUGAGUAAAUUGUAAAUUGCUGAGUACAAAGUGCUCCGCAUAGCGCCUUACGUGCUGCACACACGUUAGCUCAGUACCCUUCUGAGUCUGCUCGAAAGUCAGCUUUAAACCAUGAGCUCUGGAAGGCGGCAUAGCUACCAGGGGGUCAUAACAGUUUUGGGGACAGAAAUUUUUUCUUAACGUGAAUGACGGGCAUUAGAAUGUGGUAUGUUUCAAGCUUGAUAUCAUCACAAAACAUAACGGCUUUCUCCUGACUCAGGUGUGUUCCUUUGCUGGUGAGAAAAUUCAGCAUGACCCAUGACCUGAUAACCUAGAAAAUGUUUUAGGUAGUGUCUAGAGCUCUGGAUAAGACUGGAACAGAAGAAUUAGAAUUUACUGAGAAGAAGGUAAGACUAUAUUUACUCAGGGCAAGAAAUUAAAAUUUCUAAUGUUUAAAGUGGAAGGAGCAGAGAACUUGAAUAGUCUAGCCCUCUUUUAAGACACCUGGGUUCACAGAUUAAUUAUCAACCUUUAAGGAACCAUCAUUCAGCUGUUGAAGAGGAUCGAAAAAAAUAUAAUGGAAUAUUUUGAAGUAUUUGUAAUACUUCUUUCAUGAGGCUAAUUCAACUCUGAUAUCAAACCCAGAAAAAAAUGAAAUUACAGAUGAAUUUACUCUAUAUGGUUAUAUAUAGGAAGGAAAUUACUAACUUAUUGAAGGAGAACAGAGGUUCUGAGUAACUGGAGAGCCAUACAUGUUUUGAGAUGGAAGUUUCAGUGUUGUAAAAAUGUCUCUACAUUCCAUCAGUUCCAGUCACAGUCCUGUAGAAUAUUUUCAGAUUGACGCUUUUGUUCUCGAAAUCAUAUAGAACGGCAAAUAGGUGAGCAUCACAAGGAAAUUUUGGGGGAAAAAAUCAUUUACCUGUGAAUUUAGUUUAUUGCAAAAAUAGUAUUCUGGACUUUUCAUUGGGAGAGAUGGAUUCUUUAAAUGAUGUUUGACAAUUAGUAAUCUGAUUGGAAAUAAAGUCAGAUCCACAUUCCACCCCUUAACAGAGAAGUUUAUUCAACAUGGAUUAAAUGCGGUGCCAACUGGUACCUGCUGAGGACCUGCAUCUCCCCCAGACUUCCAGCUCCUUGGCUGCUCCUCUUUGGAAGACAAAGUGCAUCUUCUCCUGACAUGUGUUUGCCUUAGCAGAAUUAAUAGCCCUGGGAAAUAACUAACCUCACCCAAGCUCAGGCUGACUUAUGUCAGCCCAUGUCUCCAUCUUACUGGAGUCAUAAAUCCACAAUCCUCCCGUGUACCAAAGCCCCUACCUCACCUGUAACCAAACACCUGUUUCCCUUUCCUUUUGUGUUCACAGCCCCUUCCCCAAUAAAAGACGGUGCACACUCAACCCAGCACUCACACAGCCACCUCUCAUCUGUGUGGCCCACUGUUGCCUGUGGCAGCACAUCUAUUAAA